AUAACUUCAAUUUGAUUAUUCCUUCUUUCUUAUUCAUCACAACUAGAACAAGAAUUUCUUGAACCUAGGUUAAAAAUAUAAAACAAUUCUUCAUCUUUUUCAUCAUCAUCAUGGGAAGAGGUAGGGUUCAACUGAAACGGAUCGAGAACAAAACAAGCCAACAAGUAACAUUCUUCAAAAGAAGAACAGGACUUCUCAAAAAAGCUAAUGAAAUUUCUGUUCUUUGUGAUGCUCAAGUUGCUUUGAUUAUGUUCUCUACCAAAGGAAAACUCUUUGAGUAUUCUUCUGCACCAAGCAUGGAAGAUAUUUUGGAAAAAUAUGAGAGACAAAAUCAUACAGAACUUACUGGAGCUGCUACCAAUGAAACACAGGGAAAUUGGACUUUUGAAUACAUGAAGCUAACUGCUAAAGUUCAAGUCUUGGAGAGGAACUUAAGGAACUUUGUGGGGCAUGAUCUUGAUCCUAUGAGUGUGAAAGAGCUUCAGAGUUUGGAGCAGCAGCUCGACACGUCGCUAAAGCGCAUCCGAACAAGAAAGAACCAAGUUAUGAAUCAAUCUAUCUCAGAGCUGCAUAAAAGGGCAAGGGCAUUGCAGGAACAAAACAGCAAGCUAGCAAAGACAAAGGAGAAAGAGAAGAUAGUGAAUGAACAUCCUCCACAGAGAUGCCUUGAAACCAUAGGCACAGGCCAAUGUUCAUCCACCCUCAACUUAGGUUUUCAACCACAGAGAUUGGUUCCUUCUCUAGCACUCAGUGGUGCUAUACAAGCAAGAGGGUCAUUGGAAUUUGAAGAAACAGGUGAAGCUCAAACAGUUCCUAUCAACAAUAAUAAUAGUCUUAUUCCUGCAUGGAUGCUACAACAUCUUACUAACUAGAUUGAUAUGUAUCUAUUUAUGUAUGUAUGUCUGUGACAGACAUAUAUAUAUAUUUAUUAUAUGAAAUAUGUAUGAUUGAUGUGUAAGUGUAAGUAAGCCUUAUUAAGGUAUCAACUAUAGCAGAAUUUCAUAUUCUGUUCAAACUUCUCCUAGUAUAUAUAAUGGGUUUUGCCCUACCUUUCAUAUUUCAAAUCAAUGAGAAUGCAGUCUUUCAUAUAA